AUGCUUGCCAACGUUGCUCGUCGUGCUUUGACCAAUAUUCCUCGUGCUUCUGCUAUCGUUGCACCCCGUGUUGCUACCCGUCCUUUGGGUGCUGUGGCUCGUCCUGCCGUUGCUGCUAUGACGCGUAUGCAACCAUACUCCACUGCUGGUGCUCCCAAGACCGCCACUAUUCAACACACUGCUCCUCAAUGGACUGCUGACGCUGUUGUUGACGGCACCUUCAAGAACCUCUCGUUGUCUGACUAUAAGGGCAAGUUCCUUGUCAUGGUCUUUUAUCCUGCCGAUUUCACCUUUGUGUGCCCCACCGAGUUGUUGGCUUUCAGCGACCGCAUUGAGGAUUUCCGCAAGUUGGGUGCUGAAGUGGUGGGCAUUAGCGUUGACAACGUUCACUCUCACUUGGCAUGGACCAAUGUUCCUAGAAAGCAAGGUGGUUUGGGUGACAUCAAGAUCCCCUUGGUUUCUGAUAUCAAGAAGGAGAUUGCCACUGACUACAAUGUGUUGAUCCCCGAAGCUGGUUUGUCUUUGAGAGGUUUGUUCGUCAUCGAUCCACAACAAAAGCUUCGUGUUGCACACAUUCACGACCUCCCCAUUGGCCGCUCGGUUGAUGAGACUCUCCGUGUCAUUGAAGCUAUCAAGUUCACCGAUGAACAUGGCGAGGUUUGCCCUGCAAACUGGCAAAAGGGUGACAAGACCAUCAAGCCUAACCACAAGGAUUCCAAGGAAUACUUUGAAGCUGUCAACUAG